CUGGUUUAGCGCUCAAGUAAAUUGUAUAAAUUGGGCAACUAGACUAAUUACAGAGCAGCUUCCUUUGCUUGCGGUGGUUCUUGUUCAGCGGCUAGCUCCUUUCCAUCUGAAUAUAAAGUUAUUGCAGUCAAUCUUGUCUUGAAAAUGGCGCACAAGUUUCUAAUACCUAUGAUUAUUUGUGCGGGAGUUAUCGCCGGUGGAUUUGUUUCCGGGAUGCCCUCUUCGGCGGGUGACUACUAUCCGAUACGCCCGCCACGCCCUCCUCUCUUGCACGACAGUUUCGAGGCUGGGAAUCCACUGACUGAAGAAGAAUUCCAUAGUGAUAUAUCUAGCAAAAGUGGCGAAAUGGAGUUAGAUGAAUCAAGUCUAUGGGAUAAUCAACAUCCUGAGCUACACGAAGGUGAUGUCAUGCUCGCCUCAGGCAAGAAUGCCAUCCUGGGCACCGGUGGGCUAUGGCCAAGCGCGACUAUUCCAUACGUCCUUUCAUCAGCCUACACAUCCGCGCAGCGGCAAAUCAUCGCUUUUGCCAUGAACACCUACCAAAACAAAACUUGCCUUCGUUUUGUUCCACGAACCACUCAAACCAACUACAUCAGGAUCCGAAAAAGCGGUCAAGGCUGCUGGAGCUACGUUGGGCGGAUAGGCGGAGCACAAGAUGUAAGCCUGGAUGACGGAUGCAUUGCCAGCUGGGCACCCGGAGUAGUUAUGCACGAACUUAUGCAUACGGCUGGAUUCUGGCACGAACACAUGCGUCCCGAUCGUGACAAGUACGUUUCCAUCAAUUUGAAUAACGUCAGGCAAGAAUACCGAGGAAAUUUUCAAAAGAUGUCGACAACCCAAGUCACUACGCUCGGACUUGCCUACGAUUACGGCUCAGUCAUGCAUUAUCCAGCAGGGGCUUUUGCAAUAGACCGUAGCAUUCCAGUUAUUAAAGCACUUAUUGGAAGUCCUGUUCUUGGGCAAAGAAAGGGAUUUAGCACGCUGGAUCUUCAAAAACUAAAGAAAUUGUACAAUUGCAAGACUUGUUAGUUGACUGGAUCCUGAACUCCUUUAUAAUCAGCAGUAUAUUUCACUAUUGCUAUAUAAGACUAACGGGCUACAAUGAGUGUCAUACAUAAUGGCUAUUGACAUUCAAUACAUUUCCUUUGUUUAGCAUGA